CGCCAUGUCCAAUCUGUCUCGGUAGCCCACUGUAAAAUCUCUCUCUCUCUCUCUCUCUCUCUCAUACACAUAAUGUAUAUAUAUACAGAACAAAAGUGAUGAUCUUAGACGCUGGCUUCUCUCCACCUUCGACUAUGCCGCCACCUUUCUCCUCACUAUAGUCUCCAAAUUCCGAGCAACUGAAUUGAUUCCGAGCAUCAUUUGAAAUUUGAAACGCAGCUCUCUACCUCGCUUUGGAAGGCAGAUUUGCCGAUAACUUAAUAGUAAAUGCUCUCGAACAGCUCAAAUUCGAUUUGAGGCAAAAAGUUAUAAGCAAAUGGGCGGUUCGAAGAAGAAGAAGAAGCGGGGCGGAGGCGGAGGCCGCCGCGCCCAGUCAAAGGACCAUCACUCGACUGUCGCCGAUAAUUCUGAAAUUUUAACCGAGGAAGUAACUGCGUUGUGUGCAAUAUUUCAGGAUGAUUGCAAAGUUGCUCCUGAAUCACCUCCUCGUAUCAACAUCAAGCUCAGGCCAUACUCAAAGGAUACCGGAUAUGAGGAUUCUGAUGUUUGUGCUCAGCUUUCUGUGAGAUGUUUACCAGGUUAUCCAUAUAAAUGCCCGAAGCUGCAGAUAAUACCAGAGAAAGGCUUAUCAAAAACUGAUGCUGAUAAUCUUUUAUCUCUACUUUAUGAUCAGGCUAAUUCUAAUGCUCGAGAAGGACGCGUCAUGAUUUACAAUUUAGUCGAAGCUGCGCAAGAAUUCUUGUCUGAAGUUAUUCCUCAAGAGCAGACUCGUGAAUCUGUUGUCUGCCAUGGUACUGAUAAGAGUUUCUUGCUCCCAACGAAGGAUGGUACUGUCAGAAGUGGCACGAUCUGUUCUUCUGGAGGACCUUUUAUCUUUAGUCAUUUAGAUCUUUUCAGUGGUUCUGGGGAGUUGUGGCAGUGGAACCUAGAAAUGGAAGAGAGCAGCAAGGUAGUGUCUUCUCAUACAUUUGAUAAUCCAAAAGCGGGAAAUGGUAGUUUGGACAAGAAACCAGACAAGCGUAUGAAGUCACCAUUGGUGGAAAGUUAUAAGCCAGAGCAUGUCAAUAAUCAGUCAUUAAGAUUAGGUACGCUUGAAGAAGAGAGUGAAGACGAAACAAAAAGUGCUGAUUUGAGUUCUGAUGAAUCAGUUGGAAAUGGUACCAUUAACCACUUAAAGGAUAUGUUUGUAGAAGGAAAUCUAACAGAAACUGACAAUAGUAGUACAAAUAGUGAUUCAGAAUCGUCUGAGUUUGCUAAUCAAAUUCAAUCUUUUCAGACUAUGCAGAGGGACUUGCUCCUGGCCCACUUACUUCGCCUUGCUUGUGCUCCUAAAGGAGCACUUGCUGAUGCUUUGCCAGAAAUUACAUCAGAGCUCCUCAAUCUGGGGAUUGUUUCAGAAGAUGUGCGAGAUAUGGCUAUCAAACCAUCAUCAUCUUUUGACAAGAAUUUUGAUCGUGUGUUUGGGAAGCAUAUUAGCUCAUCAAAAAUAUCUCACUUUUGGAAAACUGCUUCUGAUUUAGGAGGCCAAAGUUCUUCAGUUCCAAAUUCCCGUUAUUUAAAUGACUUUGAGGAGCUUCAACCUCUUGGACACGGUGGAUUUGGCCACGUUGUAUUAUGCAAGAAUAAGCUAGAUGGUAGGCAUUAUGCCGUGAAGAAGAUUCGAUUGAAGGAUAAAAUUCUGCCUGUAAAUGACCGCAUAUUAAGGGAAGUAGCUACUCUUUCGAGGUUGCAGCAUCAGCAUGUCGUUCGAUACUAUCAGGCUUGGUAUGAAGCAGGAGAUAUUGGAAAUCUUGGAAGCCUAGCAUGGGGUUCCACAACUGGCAUGAGUUCCAGUGUCAGCUUCAAGGAAACUGAUUCUUCAGAACAGUCUGCACAUGAAAAUAAGCUUGAGUCAACUUACCUCUAUAUUCAGAUGGAAUACUGCCCUAGGACUCUGAGGCAAAUGUUUGAAUCCUAUAAUCACCUUGAUAAGGAACUUGCGUGGCAUUUGUUUCGCCAAAUUGUGGAAGGCCUGGCACAUAUCCAUGGACAAGGAAUUAUCCAUCGUGAUUUGACUCCUAAUAACAUAUUUUUUGAUGCGCGAAAUGACAUAAAAAUUGGGGACUUUGGUCUUGCCAAAUUUCUGAAGUUGGAGCAACUGGACCAAGAUGUGGAUGUGGUUGAAACAGUUGGAGUAUCAAUUGACGGUACAGGUCAAGUUGGCACAUAUUUCUACACUGCCCCUGAAAUAGAGCAAGGCUGGCCGAAGAUUGAUGAGAAGGCUGACAUGUACAGUUUAGGAGUUGUGUUCUUUGAACUAUGGCAUCCUUUUGAGACAGCAAUGGAGAGACAUGUUUUGCUAUCUGAUCUGAAACUAAAAGGAGAGCUUCCUUCUAGCUGGGUCGCUGAAUUCCCGGAACAGGCAACCUUGCUUCGGCACUUGAUGUCUUCAAGUCCAUCAGAUCGGCCUUCAGCCACGGAGCUUCUUAAGCAUGCUUUUCCACCUCACAUGGAGUAUGAAAUGUUAGAUAAUAUUUUGAGGACAAUUCAUACUUCAGAAGACACAAGUAUAUACGAAAAGGUAGUGUCCGCAAUUUUUGACGAGGACAAGUUAAGGACAAAGGACAGUCAUGAGAAUGUUGGACGACCAAAAUCUAUUCGAGAUGAUAUCUCAUCAACUAUUUUCACAGAUGUAGAUACUGCUAACCGUGAUCUGGUUGUUGACAUUGUUAGAGAAGUUUACAGACAGCAUGGUGCAAAGCAUUUGGAGAUCUUUCCAAUGAGAAUAUUGGGAGAUGACCAUCAAGUAAAUAGGGGUACUGUCAAACUGUUAUCUCAUGGAGGAGACAUGAUUGAGUUUUGCCAUGAGCUGCGCUAUCCCUUCGUGAAAUGGAUCGUUGCAAAGCAGAAAUCAUUUUUCAGGCGGUACGAAAUAUCAUAUGUAUACCGAAGAGCAAUUGGCCAUUCACCUCCGAAUCGGUACUUACAGGGGGAUUUUGAUAUUGUUGGAGGAGCAACUGCAUUGACAGAGGCAGAGAUCAUAAAGGCUUCUGUGGACAUUGUUUCUCAAUUUUUCAAUUCAGAAUCAUGUGACAUUCAUCUAAAUCAUGGGGACAUAAUGGAGGCAAUAUGGUCUUGGACAGGAAUCAAACCUCAAAAUAGACAGAAAGUAGCUGAGCUUCUCUCACUUUUGGGUUCCUUGCGUCCUCAGUCUUCCGAAAGGAAGUCAAAAUGGGUGCUUAUCAGGCGCCAACUUCGACAGGAACUUGAUCUUUCUGAUGAUGCUUUAAAUAGAUUACAAACUGUGGGAUUGAGGUUCUGUGGAACUGCUGAACAGGCACUACCAAGACUACGAGGUGCCCUGCCUGCAGAUAAGUCCAUACGCAAGGCACUUGAUGAGGUUUCCGAACUUUUCAACUACUUGAGAGUUUGGAAGAUUGAAAGGCAUGUCUUCGUUGAUGCACUUAUGCCACCUACCGAAUAUUAUCACAGGAACUUGUAUUUCCAGAUAUAUCUCAAAAAGGAUAACAAUCCUGUAGCACUAACGGAGGGAACCCUGCUUGCAGUUGGUGGUCGUUAUGAUUACUUGCUUCAGCAGAUGGCUGAUUCUGAAUAUAAAUCAAGUCCACCCGGUGCAGUUGGAACAAGUAUUGCGCUAGAAACUAUUUUGCUACAUUCUUCUGUUGAUAAUAAAUCUCAUAGAAAUGACGUAGGCAUUAAUAUUCUUGUCUGUUCGAGAGGAGGGGGUGGUUUAUUGUUCGAGCGCAUGGAACUGGUGGCCGAAUUGUGGGAGGAGAAUAUCAGGGCAGAGUUUGUCCCGUUGCGUGAUCCAAGCCUUACUGAACAGUACGAAUAUGCAAGCGAGCAUGAUAUCAAAUGUCUUGUUGUCAUCACUGACUCUGGUGUAUCCCAAAAAGGCUCAGUUCAGGUCCGACAUCUAGAGCUCAAGAGAGAAAAAGAAGUUGAGAGGGAAAACCUUGUUAAGUUUCUAUCAGAGGCAAUGGCUACUCAAUUUAGAAACCCGUUUAUCUGGAGCUAGGUCAGCUCGAAACUGUACAGAUAUACUUGCUUGUGGAGAUAGAUCAGGAGGAGCUAAAUUUUGUUGCUGCUAAGUUUUGUAGCUAAGAAUUUUGAGUUGAAUUCUUUGUAUAGUGUUGCGGUUUAAUUUUCAAUGGUCUAUUUCAGUUUAUUUGCUUGGUGUCAUGUAAUAAUUUAGUUGUGUAUAGACGAUUUCUUUAUAAGAAAAAGAAAAAAAUAAAAAAGAAA